AGGCAGCGACAGCGUGAAAGAGGAACGGGAGAAGAUCAGGCCAGGUGGAGUCCGGGAGGAGGUAGAGGGCGGAGAUGGUGUCGGAACGGGAGAAGAUUGCCUUGAUUCUUGAAUCGGCAGAGCUCGGCCCCUUCGAGUCUUUGAUCGGUCAGUUGACGUCCGCGGCGAACGAGCAGCGCUCCCAUGCUGAGUCGCUCUUUAUCCUCGGUUGCGAUCUCCACCCAGACGCCCUAGCCCUAAAGCUCGUUGCCGUCCUCGACGCCUCCCCUGCCCUUGACUUCCGCGCCAUGUCCGUCGUCCAUCUGCGCAUUCUCCUCACCCACCGCGACUCUCGCGGUUCGUUCUGGCUCCGCCUCUCUCCCGCCUCCCAGACCUCGCUCAAGUCCCUCCUCCUCGUCGUCCUCCAGCAGGAGCCCGACCGCUCCACUGCCAAGAAGGUCGCUGACACCAUCUCUGCCUUCGACCUCCUCCCGGACUCCACCUGGCCUGAUCUUCUCCCGUUCCUCUUUCACGCUGUUGCUGCCUCCAAUGUCCGUCCUUGCCUACAGGAGUAUGCCCUCCUCAUCAUUGCCCAGAUCGCUUAUGUCCUCGUUGGCGACGCCUCCUUCGUCGUCUCUCACCUCCCCACCCUUAGCACUCUCCUCCUCGCCGCCCUCUCCCACCCUUCCUCUUCAAAUGUCCGUGUCGCUGCACUGUCUGUGGCGAUCAACCUUGUCACUUCCUUGAAGUCCGCUUUUGUUGAAAACAUCCUAUUUGUUGAACUCGGAUAUACCAUGAUGCGAACCUUUGUUGAUUUUGUCGAUUCUGGUGACGAAGACUACCUUCAGGAGGUCCUUAAGCUCUUUAUCGAUAUUGCAGUUGCAUGGCCACAGUUCUUUAGUUUUCGGUCUUAUGAUGGUGUUGCUAGAGUUAUGAUGCACAUUGUUGAGGCAGCUCAACACGAGGAGGAUACACAAGACUUGUCUGGUGAAUUUAUCAACACCCUUGCUGAAGCUAGAGCUGGAGCUGGACCUGGAGCUGAUGCUGAAGCAUAGUUGGUUAAGAAGUGUUAGUAAUCCGACAAUGGUACGUGUCAUUUCAAACAACAAAAUGUGUGCUCUUUGUGCAGGGAUUUUUGGUUUUGUUGGUUUUCUCGAUGGUUUCUUAGUACUGGUGAUGGUGUUCAUCCACCUUGCUACUCUGUACCGUAGUUUACUUUUGAAUCGCCAUGGAGGUGCUUAAAAUGUCCCACCUAGCAUCACAUAUGAAAGUGACUUGAUUGAAGAUGGCAUUUGUGGUAAAUUUCUUAAGAGUCAAAAACCAAAUUAUGGAAAUUUUCUAUUGAGAUGUUAUGUUCUUAUAAGCAAUACCAACUCAUUUCUUCAGCUUGAAACUUGAACAGAUUCUCAUUUAUUGAAACAUCCGACAAUGCAAUUUUAGCAAACCUAUUUCUAUAAUAUCAAAUGGUGCUUGUACUAUGCUAACUUUAUCAUUUUUAGAGUGUUUGAUACCACUCAUUUUCUUCCAUAUCUCUAUUCAUAUAACUUGAAUGGUUCAUGUAGUUGUAGAAAUGUUUGGUCAUUGUUUGCUUGUUUUAUCUGUAGAAGUGUAUAGAAAAGAUCAAGAGCGAAACAAUGCAUCCAGAGGAGCCAACUUAGGAAACAAAUAAACUUGUUCUUAACAUCACAAAAGCUACAAUGAACAUGGAAAAUUUCUUUAUUUACAGAGUGAUGGGAAAUCUAAAAUUCUGCAACAAUAAAACAGACAAAAGGAAACAUAAACCAUUCGAUAUAAUCAUGAUUUUUUUUCCCCUUUUUUAUGUGACUUCUUAUGCUAAUAAAUUACCAUGAAGAGUAUAGGGGAAACUAGUUGAGUAGCUUGACAACAUAUUGAUCACAGCACAAUUAUAAACAACAAAAUUACAUUUAGAAAAAAAAACAAGUUUGUUUCUAGAUUCCCAUGAGACUACAUAUACCAUUGUAAAAAGACAUGGAAUACUACAGAUACCUUCUCUUCUUUCAGUCUCUUUCUUUUCUGCUUUCUAUUUCUGGAUGGCUUCCUGUCUGAAGCCGAGGAGUUCUCUAUAUACCUCUUGGGCGACCUUUGCUCUGACUGCUUUUUUGUGAAGGAAAUGAAAGGGAAGUGAAAUAGGUUAAUUGAAGUAAACCUUCUCCUUCUCAAGACUUGAUUCACUGCCCAAGAUUUGUCGACCACUCAGAAAUAUGAAGCCAUCGAGUUCCAAUGAGUUUGAACAUGUUGUCGAAGCUGUCUGAAGAAACGCCAGUUAAUGAGACAUCAAGUAUGUUUGGCAAAGAUCAAACGGUAUUUCUGAAAAAGAAAACAAGUUAGUGAAGUUCUUUGAUGAGUUCACAAAGAUUGGUGUCCCUGAAAUGAAGAUACUUCAAAUGUUUGCUACUUAGUACAAAACAGGGACAGAGUGAAGAUCUUCAUGGCAUGCCCAGUUGAUAGAAGGCUCACCUUGUUGGAAUUCAUGGAGUUGAUAUGAAAAGCAGUAUGCUGAAGGGUCGACAACUUUAGGCUAUUGAUGCUCAAUAUACCGGUAGUCAAUAUACUUUUCUCGUCAUGUGAUUAAGUAAUAUGAGCUGAUCAGUAUCAAAUGUCUCAGUUGAUAUCGUAUCCUAACUUUGCUUGCUGUUCUGUUCAGCAAUCUGAAUCAACUUGUUGGAUUUUCACUUCCUGUUCA